AUGAUUGGCCUUGUCAAGCAACUACAGCAAGUCGACAAUAUCAACCAUACCAUCUAUGCCAACAACAUCACCAUCUGGUCGUACCGAGACAGUGAUGGUCAAGUGGAAUCAGCCCUCCAAGCGGCGAUUGACACGGGCUUCGGCGACGGCCCGGAACCCAGCCGGGACGAGUGGCUGGCGGCGAAGUACAAGCUGGACCUGGACUUCCCCAACCUGCCCUACAUCAUCGACGGCGACGUGCGGAUGACUCAUAGCCAGGCCAUCCUUCGCUACCUGGGACGCAAGCACGGCCUAGCACCGAAGGACGAGGAAACAGUGCGCAGGGUUGAAAUGCUCGAGCACCAGGCCUCUGACAUCGGGUGGGCUGCAGUGCGCGUCUGUCACAGUCCCGAAUACACUGAGGAGAAGCGGGUCCAAUUCCUGGUCGACAUCGCGGACAAGCUGCGCCAGGUCGACACCUACCUGGCCAAGCACGGGCCAUUCGGCGCAGGGAAGAGUGUCACAUACGUGGACUUUCUUCUCUACGAGGCUCUCCAGUUGGUCAAGACCAUAGGCCCAAGCACCUUCCGCAAGGGCUUCCCUGCCCUAGUUGAGUACUGUCAGCGCGUGGCUGCCCUGCCGGGACUCAAGGAAUACCUGGCGUCUGACCGCUUCAAGUCCUGGCCCUUCUUCAGCCCCUACGCCAAGGCCCUUUCGGCGCGGAACAAGCCUCCCGCCGACAACUGCUGAGCGAUUCAGUCGAGCGAUCACACCUCCUUUCAUUUUCUUUCAUUUU